GAACCAGGCCGUGAUCCACGAUGCCAUCCUUCGGAGAUGGAUAGAAAGACACCCAGAUAAGGCCGGUGGAAGUUGGAAUCCAGAAACGAUGGAGGGCGCUUUUGCAAAACGUGUGGUUGGCGGGCGGUUUGCCGUCUCCUCCCAGUCCCAGGCGCCCGCCGCCGCUGGGAUUGCGAUGCGAUGCGAUGCGAUGCGAACGUCGACGCAAUAAUUUCCCUUUCGUCGGACGCGGACCUCCCGUGGCGCGACAGCCGUCCGCCCCGCAUCGGACGGACCACCGAGCACACGAGUCAACAACCUCCAACGCCGCACCCGAGCACGGGGCCCGCGCGCCAGCCAGCCCCCGGGUGGAGGUCGGUUAGCCAAGCGGACGCCAGCGCGAGCCGCUUUAGAGCGGCGCGGGCCUCGGAUGGGUUUCGGCCGCUGAUUUGUGAUCGGGCGGACGGGAGCUGCUGGGGCGGCCCACGCUUGGUCGCUGCGGUCUUUGCCCUUUUGUGGCCCACCACGGCAAAGAGGCAGCAGAGGGAUCCCCCGUCCGCCUCCAUCCACCGCCCGUGGGAAGGGAAGGCAAGGGAAGAGCAGCGAGCGUCGCAGGCAUCGGCCCCAGCUCCGGCUCCGCCCGCCGCCGCACCGCCCCCCUCCUCCUCCCCCGAUCCGAUCGCCGAUCGCCAGCCUUUGCGUCGCCUCGCGGCAAUAUUUGGAACCCCUGUUACCGAUCGCCUCAUGCCGUACCACUGACCGAUCCCGUCCCGUCCCCUCCGACCCCCGCCUUUCGUCUGCUACCCCGUCGAGACCCUACCUCCCGAUCGGACUAGGGUGCGUACGAUGGCUAGCAGCGCCGACCCGCAUGCUGCCGUUGCCGCGGCCAUGGCCGGGACGACCCCGUCCGAUAGCCUGCUCGGGGCGAAGAAGGCUGGGGCGGCGGCCGCCGUAUGGAAGCUCCCCGAGGCCGCGACGGUUCCCGUCGCGGUGGUGGUCGAAAACCCCAUCAUGGAUGCCGACUCCUGGCCGGCGCUGCCCGGGCUGUCGUCUCCGCCGCCGCCGGCUGCGGGGCCAGUGGCCAAGGCAUCUCCAAAGGCCGCUUCUCCGGCUUCCACUGGGGCGGUGAUGUCGCCGCCGUCUUUGGCCAAUCCCGGCGCUCCGGAUGCUAACCCUGGUAGUGAGGCUCCGGUGCGCAAUCCUGUGGUCCAGCGUGCCCUGGUGAUGCCUGCGGCAAAUGGGCUGGAGAAGAUUGCCCCUGCACCGGAGCCGUCCCCUGUUUAUGUGCCUAACGCUCGGAGCAACGGUGCGGAUCCUCAUCAGAAUGGACGUUUUGGCUCCCAUCCCCAUGGCCGUGGUGGUGGUUAUGUUGGGGGAAACAGGAGGGGUAAUGGUGGAGGUGGGGGGCGGCGUGGGAGUGAGCACCAUGGGUUUUUUGAUGGGCAACGGCGUGGAGGUGGCCGCAGAGAUGGUCAUGGACCAGUUCAUCAUCAGCGUGGCCACCAGCCAACAUACAUUAGGACUCCUACUCUAGCUGUUGUAGCAGGAGCACCUCCCCCACCGCCUCCAUUUGUUAGCCCUGCUACUCCUCAGGCACCACCUUAUGGGACACCUAUGGGCUUCCCUGACAUGGCACCACAAGUUUACUAUUACGCGGCACCCACCUCGGAGGGCAUUCAAGGCCUGCCUUUUAUGUCUCAUCCAGCAAGCCCCCAAGCUGUUUUAAUUGAUCCUUUUAGAAAGGGUCUUCUGGACCAGAUAGAAUACUAUUUCAGUGAUGCCAAUUUGUGCAAGGACCUAUACUUGCGGCAACGCAUGGAUGACCAAGGUUGGGUGCCAUUACCCCUGAUUGCUGGGUUUCCCCAGGUCCAGAAGAUUACUAACAAUAUUCAGUUUAUCUUGGAAACAGUCAUGCUAUCUAACGUUGUGGAAGUGCAGGGCGACAAGCUACGAAGGCGUGGUGCAUGGGAGAAUUGGCUGCUUCCAAAACAAAAUUAUUCUGCUGGGAGUUCUUCUGGUUCGUUGCCCCCUGUGACAUCUAACAUUGAUUCUCUGACGUCUCAGUUUCGAUUUGUUGGACUCGAGGGGGCAACAUACCAUGCUACCAUGCCAGUAAUGCAUGGUGAAGCUCUCUUGACAAGAUCAGCAACUUCAGUUAGUUUAGGUUAUCAUGCAUCAACCAUGGGUGGGCUACCGAGCAACGGGAGUGAACCACUUUUGGGGCCGAAGUCUGCAAGAAAUUUACUCAGGAGCGAUACCUUUUGAGGCUAUAUAUUUCAAGAUGAAGAAGUAUAACGGCAGGCCGAGUUUUCACAGUGACGGCCUGCACACUAUCUCGUGUGAGGUGAAGAUCAGUUGGUCAAAAAAAAAACAAAAAAAAAGAGGAAAAGCAUAAUAUACCAAAAAAAUAGAGAUAGGUAUACACAGAACUGAAAAAAAACAAAAAAAGGCAAAAUACAAAAAUAAAAAUAAAAUAAAAAAGCAAGAGGCAACUUUUGUGCUGGUACUCAUGCCCUUUGUGUUAUGUGGUCUUAGUGGGUUUGUUUUCGAAUGUUAGCAGUUUGAUGGUUCUAUUGUGUAAACCGGAGUUAUUGAAGUGUCUUGGUAUCAUUCGGAGACUGCUGAGUGGAUGAAGUUAUAUAAGUACAAGACAUUAUUAUUAAUUCU